AUGAACGCUGCCUGUCAAGUGGUGAAGUCAACUCGGUGUUCGGCUUCUCUGCGGCUCCAACAUCUUUUUCAACAACUUUUACUCAUCACUUUACCAAUUCAUGACUCUGCUGCGGGACUUCUUGCUGUCGAAGUAACAACUUUUUGUCUCUGGGAUAAGCGGUAAGAUUUUCUGUCCCUGUGUUUGGAGACUUGUUUAUUCGGGUCUGUUGACGUGCAGCUCUGCAGGCGGGACAUUUCUCUAAACUGUCCCGUAGAUUUAUGAUCAUGUAUUCAGUCUACAUGCAACAGGUAGUCGGGCCUGUAACUGCGCAUACGGACGAAGAUCUGCGCAUUUGGAUUGGUCAACAGGUGACAGAAUCAAAGUGAGAAGGAAAUCAUUACCGAGACUAUGAUAUUUUCAUCUAGAGUUUAUUCCAGCAGACUCUGGGUCAUUCAAUUAUUCCCAGAUGUCAGCUGUGUUUAUCAUAUUUUAUAAACAGUUUUCUGUUAAAUGAUUACGUGUGAUGGGAAAUAUUUUAUCCUCAUGUUAUUAUCAUUUACUGUUUCCUCGGAUUGAUCUCGUGAUACGUCCUUAUGAAUGUCCUCGUGAAUGAGUGUGACCCCUAGGCUCUGGUUGGUCUCUGUUUUUGUGGAACUGUAAUUAAGUUUUAAGAAUGAGGUUGAUGUGAAUACCAGCCACUUCAAGAGACGCUUAUCACUGUGUAAACAAGCAGCUGUUAUCAACCAGCUGCUAGGCUGCAGGCAAUAGACGCUGUCUUCUGGCCUUCAAACAAGGAAUCUGGUAGAUAUUCGUCACUCAUUUUAUUAUUUAUCAUUGAAAUGAUUGAGAGAAUGUGGAGAAUACAUUUAAAUUAUUUCUAGGGCUCUCCAAAAUAGAUCGUGUCUGGAGAAAGUUGCCUUUUAUUUAUCUCUCUAUUUACUUAGAGUCCCCUUCACAUAUUUGCACCUUUUAAUCAUUAUAAUGUUACUUUUUUUUAUUUUUUAUAUCUGCUUCUUUUAUGUCAACUAACACCUGCUAUAUCUGUGAAAAAUGCAACAUUUACACAAAUCUGCUCUGGUACACCAUAAAAAAAAAAAGAAAAAAAAAAGAAAAAAUUUUUGGUGCAAAAAAAAAGUGACAAAGAAACCAGUAAUCAUUGAUGAAAUGUGAGCUAGAUGUCUUUGUGCCUGAUACAGACAGAAUUAAAAAAAAAAAAAAACGUGAAAGCAGUGCAUUGAAUAUGAAUCAGAAAUGGUGUUAUUGUUGAGUAUUACACGUACAAAAAAAAUUCAAAACAGGCCGAUAAACUAGAAGUAUACAAGUAAGUGAGAGGCUUUUCUUUUUGCAGCAGCAGCAGUAUUAUGACUGCUGAAGAACCUGAUGAUAGAAACAGAUAACACUAUUGAAUGAUGUAAAGCUAUGUAAGCAAAACCUGUACACAGUAUAAACAAAAUUUGCCUUAAACAGCAGCACAUAUGUGCAGGAAGGUGCAGGAGAAUAAUAAUGCAAUAUCCUGAAAUCUGACUGCAUGUGGAAACAACAACACUGAACAAAACUACAUAACGUAAGUUGAAGAACAGACUCGAUUUUGCAUCCAAGCUGACACCACAAGACUUACCACCACAAAAGAGCAGGCCUUUUUAUUAUAGUUUCUGUAUUUAUCCCAAUAUCAGCUUCAGUAAAACUAAACAAUUAUUUGAAUCGCAUGUUACUGGCAGAGAUAACCAUGAAUUAAGACAUAAAAUCUGCAUUAUUUUUAAAUAAAGAAAAAGCAGGACUGUGAACCUUGGCUAAAAUGAAGCAAACAUGGGACAGAAAAGAUUAGCUUGUGUAGGAUUGUUUAAACCAUCACUGGGGUGUUUGUUUCACAGAGGUGGUUUAUCUGUGGUGAGAGGCCAAACCCCCUCUUACAGCAUGUGUUCAAGUGUGUGAAUACUUGAAUAUCAAAAUCGGAUUUUGGGGAUUUUCUGGCACCGCCGAUCACUUCCCCUCUUAUACUCCCUUACUUUAUAUAGUAAUUAACCGAGUCUCUCUGUGGAGCCGGUCAACAUCCGUUUCCGCUUGCUUUUGGGGAGGCUAUGGAAUCUUUGGAUGGGAAAAGAUGAAAUGACCUUGAGCUGUUUUUGUGUAGAAAGUCAAGCACCACAGAAACGCUCCUGUCACAUCAUGUGUGGCGUCUUUUUUGGCUUUGACCUUUGUGCUUAUCUUUUUUCGGAGGGGAAUCCAAUGCUGAGUGCACCAGUAUUCAUGCAUAAUGUGCGCGACUGCAGGAGCAGUGCAAUCUUGUCAGAUUUAGCCUUGCCCUUUGUGUAGAAAUUUUGGGUUGAUUCAUCAUGUGUUUGGUUCACAAGCUAGAGUGAUAUUCGCAAACUCUCUAAGAACAAGUCUGUUGUCUGAUCCAGGUCUAUAGUAAUAGCAUAUCAGUGACAGCAUUUGUAAUAAUAAAGUUGAGGUUGAUAAUGGGGAUGAGAAUUAGAUUUAUGAAAACAGAAAGAAUAAGAAGACUGGUGUUUAUAAAUGACCAUUGUCUUUGUAACUGUGGUUAAAAAUGGUGAGACUGUUGCUCAUCGUUGAAGCAGCUGGAAAACAGGCAGCAAAAUGUUUGCAGCUGCGGUCCAGAGGAACCUACAGCAUGAUGGAGCUCAGGGACUCCCCGUGUUAGAGACUGCAAUGGGACAUGUUAAGUCGGGUAAAAUUAUACAUUUAAGUAUUCUGAUUGAUUUUUAGCCUCAAUCAUAACAGUAAGAAAUCUUGUGAAACCAGAAGUCAUGUAUGUUGUUUUGAAGAUGUGUUAAGAUUGCCUAAAGUGAGAGCAGAUAAGAGCAGAAAGCUAAGUGGAGGUUGUAAAGGCUCUUCUCUCUUCUUCGCACUCUACAUUUGCCAAAAUUUAGAGUAGCAUAAUUGUAGGAAGCUAACUGAGGCUCUCUGGACUUCAUUCAACCUCAAAAACUCAGCAUAACUGCGCAAUAAUCUCACAAAUUAAAUUGUCAACUCUGUGUUCGGCUUCUCUGCAAAAAACACACAAAAGGAAAUGGCAUGAUCUUUUUUUCCUUGUGUCUAAAUAUCUCCUGCCUCCUGUUCAUCUUUGUAUCCUGGGGGUUUGUGGCAACAUCUUGAAGGGCAGCACAGUAGGGGUCAAGUGAGUCUGUGCAGCUAGAUCAGGAUUAGCCUACAGUAGCCUACAGCUGAACUGUUUUCCAUAGCUGUUUGGAAGUCCUGUAAUCUAUUUGGUAGACCGGCCUUGCUCUGUGCAAUGUUGAACUCAUGUGUUUGCUUUGACAGCACUGAAAGGCAGUAAUAGUCAGAAACCACAGGGUCCAUGGAGCUGCUUAUUGAGGUCAUCCAGGGAUGUUUACAAGUUGUUGUGGUGCUCUUCUGCAAGGCACUUGACCGACGGCUCAACCCCCCACUGCUUCACCUCAAAACUCCAGGUUUUUUUUGUUUUAGUGUUGCUGCAGAGACGCUGGGAGGAUUUCUCUCACUAUCAGCUGCCAGUGACUGGAUAGUGUGACAGUGAGAAGGUUUAGAGACAAGGUCAAGGCUUCAAAGGAAACACCACAUCUGCGUUUACCCCCAAAUGGUAACAGGAGUCGAACAAUCCUUUUUCUUUUCUAUUAAAAUGACUCAUUCGUUUAAGGAAUCGGAUUAUCAGGUUCAGACACCGGGUCACUGGAAAUUUAAUGAAACCUUGUAGCACCUUUUGCUGCAAGUUUCAGUUUUAGUCAUUUAUUAUCUUCAGAUGAUAUGAAAUGCCAUCACAUAAAAGUUAUUAAAUUAUGUUAUUGAUAAAAGGAAAAGGUUUUGCUGACCUUAAAUAAUACUUUUGAUCAUUAAUAAUCUGAAGAGACGGCUGUGUAAUUAAACUUCAAAAACAAAAAUCGUUCAAACGUUUUCAUUUCCUGGCAUUUUAUCUGUGUGGGUGUCAGGUAAAAACUGAUAAACCACUCAAAAAGACAGAGGCUGAGCCAUCCUCCCACCGCCAAGACACACUCUGUUUGAUCAACCAGAAGUGGACCAUUUGUAAAAUAAAAUGUUAUUUAAUAGCCCAAAUAUUCAGCCGCAGAGCAGCUGAAACAGCUGAGAUGAUCUGUUUGUGCUACUGUGUCUGAUUCCUCAGAAGUGACUGUAAAACAGAGCUAAGAUAAACCCAAAUAGUGUUAGAUAUCACAGAAAACACUCAGCCUCGUUGUAACACCAAACAAUAAGCCUGAGCCAAUGCUAACAGGAAUUAGGGUUAAAGCUUCAGUGAGGAACCUUUAGUUUGUGUCAGUGCUUGCAGUCUUUUUUAUCCUGUCUGCUCUUUUUAGGUGGAAAUAGUAAAAACAGGUGUUUGUCUAUGGCGUCAAGACCUGGACCAACCCCCUCACUUGGGUUUUAGACAAUUACAAUAAGGAUAUUAUGAUCUUCAGUCUUGUUGAUUUUAGUUUGGUUUGCUUUUGUAUCUCAUGAAAAAGAACAUCCAUGACUUUCUGUUAAUUUCAUAAACAUAAAAAAAUCCUUAUAGGAGCUUUAACCAUGUUACUGAAAGAGUAUCCUUUUAAAGCAACAUCACCACCUUAUUACCCUUAUUCACAGUGUCUUCGUUUGUCUCUGAUAACAAAUCUGAAGUGGGGAGCUGAACUGUUGUAUUUUGAUCAGUUACCAAAAAAUCCAGAGUAGAAGUCAGAUCUUCAGUUGCGUAUAGGAGAUAUCAUCUGUUCCAACUUGUUAAGUCUCACCGCUCCAAAAAAAAAAAAAGGAAAAAAGAAAAAGAAAAAGAAAAACAGUUAAACUUAAAGCAAAUUGCGUUUUAUGUGUCUAUGUCAUGCCAUUAUGUCAAAUUGGUUUGGCUAGUUUUGCUAACAUUAGCUUAGUUAAGCUAGCACCACAAACCUUUGGUCCUCCUUUCAGACUAACACCCACAAGCCAAUAUUGGUUACGUUUUUUGCUGGUUUAUCACCCACACAACUUUAAAACUGUUUCUCUGACCAAAAUAGUCUAAAGAAAAACAGGCUGCGGAGUGAAUGUGUAAAUACAGUUUAGCUUGUAAAUAGUUGCUCCUCCAGCAGACCUCAAGCAGCAUAAACAUUCCUGUGCAGUUGUUUGUGACUCUUGUACAUUUCAAUCAUGUCUUUUGUCCCUUUAGCUCUAUUUAGCUGUCAGCCGUAUUUGACUGACUGUUACUGAUCCUUUACUUUCUUGAGCAACUUUAAUUUUGUGUUUGUUUUGGAACUUUGGGAGUGUGUCUGGUUUUAGCCAUUAAUUUAAGAUCCUGUAACAGUUAUAACUCACAAAAGAUCUACAGUUGGAGGCGUUAUAUUUCAUUUUACUCCUUAUUUUUCAUAAAUCAUCAGCAGUUAUAACAUUCUUGUUUUCCCUGCCUGAAACACUGCCUCUCAUAAUUCAUGUAUAUUGAGCAAAAACAUGGUGGAAGUCUUUGACUCGGGUUUGAGCUGGAGUAGAAUGAUCCUUUUUGCAAGUAGACAUGAGAUUUGAGUAAUUUGUCCCCUCUCCUCGACAAAUUAAGAGCAUUCUGACAAAACUAAGUAAUUAUUGGCAGUUAUGUUUGUCUGCAGCUCAUUUUACCUUCGAUUUUUCAUAAUCCAAGCUUUAUAAAUAACAAAGGAAUAGCAAAACAAGUUUUUCUAAUAUUGUUAAUGAAUUUUUGUCACUCAGAUUGUUGUGAAAACUUCUCAAGACUCUUAGCUUUAAAUUCAAAAGUGCACUUCCUCUUUUGAAGCCAACUUUCCAGAGAUUUUUACGUACAUUCCUUUAAGUCUCCAAAGAUAAGAGCUUUCAAGAAGUCUCUCAGGAGAGUCCAGGAAUCUGCAGCAUCAGAGCAGCAGACUGAGUGUUUGUCCUAAAUAACCUUAAAGAGUUACUGUAGUGGGUUAAAAGUGGACCAGGACUCUAGGUCAGCAAAGAUUUGAAGUAUGAGGGUCAUUUUCCAUACAGAAUUUCAUAAAUAUGUAAUCACCAAUGGUAAUUUCAUCUCUGGUCGGGGAAAGCUAACCAACCUUAUUAUAGUGGAUACAGUGGUGAGCAUAAUAGCUUACAGCGCUAGUAAAUACAUGUCAGGCCUUCAGGAGUAAAGCCAUGUACAUUUGCAGGAAUGUUGUUGACAAUAAAACUGAUGUUCAACAGGCUGAAAUUGCCCCUUUUAUGUUUUCACAGCUGUAAGGUUAAUUACUUCAAUGAUAUUUAAAUUUAAGAUCAUAAAAAACCCUGAAAAACCAGCUUUCCUCCAAAUCCAAAAUCAGUAAUGGUUGCCGGCAUUCGUUGCAGCUUUGUGAGUUUAAUUGCAGACAGUUUUCUGUUCAUUUUUACGCUUACAGCACAAGACUCCAGCUACUCCCACGGAUUAUUAAAUUUUGUUGGCGAGCUGAACCAGAGCUUCUUUCAGCCGGUCGGCAAAAUUAAUGGACCCUUUCUUUCAGGAUAAAUAAUGACUUCCAGAAGUGAGCUGGAUGCCAGAGAGGUGGAGACAAUGAGUACCAGCUCUGACUGGAGACAUCCUUCUGCCACUCAGGAAUGAUGAACUCUGUCAGACGCUGGAAGGGUCAACUAACAUGUCCUUAGACUGUACCGAGGUUGGUGUGUGUUCGAUGUGUUUAUUGAUUUUACAUCUGUAUCUGUCUACCGGACAUUAUAAAUCCUCUGUUCCCGUUGACUUGUCAUUUUGCAGACUUUGUGUCCUCUGAAGAGGGUGAAAUUCUUUCUUCAUGUGAACAUAUUUGGUCCUGAUUUGACUGUUUCUUAAGUGGCUGCUUGUACUUUCUUCGCACUGUUUUUGAAUAAGAGAGAGAGAAAAGAAAAACACACACCUAUUUUAUAAGACUAUAUACGAGAGAAACCAGUGCACACCAUCUGACUGUCUAAAGACAUUUGUUUGAAAUGUUCUACUAUGCUGCCAUGUUUGCUGCGACUUUUGAAAUACUCUUGGUUAUGCUUUGGGUGAACAUCUCUCUGAGUCCUGAAAACUUAGAAACUGCAAACAUAAACAAAACAUCUGCUUGAUUUUAUUUUGUUAGAAGUACUACUAGACAUGAAUGAGACAAAAAGGGUGAAAAAAAAUAGUGAAGUCAGUUUGUGCGCACAUGGACAGAAUGUAGUUUGGCAGCACAUGAUGCUCCAAAACCUGUAAAUAUUGUUCAACUCCUCAGGUAUGUAAGCUACCAAUGCCAUGGAUUUCCAAGAAGAAUAUAAGAACUUGAUUUGUCAGACCACAGGCUUUAGAUGUUUGAACAUUUGUGUUCUAUUCACUGUGUAUUGCUUUUAUUUUAUUAUUGGGUGUGACUGGCAGCACCCCAAAGUAAUGCAUUCGAAGCAAACAUUUGUAUACUAUAGGGUAAAAACACAUUGCUACUUUUCCAUUCAAGACAAUAACUCACAUGGCUGAAGUAGGUGGAUGUCUCUUGCCUCUGGUGUGUCCUCCUCACAGUCGAAUGGGCUAUGGCCUGUAGAAGGUGUCUGUUUUCCUGGAUUAUGUUUAUACACGGUUUUCUCCUCUGCUUGGUUAAGUUCCAACCUGCUUUUGUGGCGGCUGUGAAAAACCGGGAGAGAGAAGAUUUUGGAAGUGAUUUUGGGCCUAUGCAGUGAUUUCCACUACAGAGCCAUGUCUGUCUAUAUUGCAAGGCCCAAAUAUCAUGUCCAUCCAUUGUUUUUUUAUGGCUUUGUCCUUUUUUUUAAUUGGAGAUUUUUGCAGAUUUUACAUAUCUAUUUCAUGUCCUGUAAAUGAUGGUCUUCUUUACUAAACAAAUACAAAUAAAAAUAAUAGGUCAUGAGGUGUCUAGGUUUUUUGAAGCAUUGCAAAAUUUAUUAGAGUUUUGCUGUCACUGUUCUAUUUUUUAACAUGUUGCAUCAUGUUAAAAAUGAAUAACUUAUUAAGUUGCCUAUGCUUAAUUUUAGUUCAAAUUGAGAGUUUAAAUGAUUUUCAAAACCUGCUUUUUUAUUGGAAUGGGCUGUUUUAAUUCAUUUAGGAUAUUUUCACUUUAAAACCUGGAUUUUGGUUGCUGUCCUAGAAUAGGUAAGUCUUGAUGUAUUUUUAACAAAGGAAAUGUUGUUGCAUCUUAGUAGGUAUAUGUUGUCCACUGUACCUUUAUCUCUUUUUAGCCUUUAGUCUGUAGAUUGAUGUCUGUCUCCUUGUUUUCCAGGUGA